UGAUUCAUGUCACUCUGUCCACGGCAAUUUAAGGUUUUCACUACACGAUGAACCGUCUGAAUUUGGCCGAGAUGAAGAAUUAGAAGAAGCGCAAAGUGCACUGAGUUGGGAAAAGAAAGCAGGUGGGGAAUGCGCAAAUGAUGCAGUGAUAAUUACCGAAAUAUUACGCGGUUAUGACAAAUUCAAAAUACCUGGUGGAAGUGUACAAGUUUCUGUUGAGAUUACGAGUGAAUUUGAAUUGGAUAUUUACGUUACUGAAAAAUGGAUUGACCCAUCGCUAGCAUACGACCACUUGAACCCUUGCAAAAACAAUAUGUCAGUUGACGGCGGUGUAAUUUUGCCUCAAAUUUGGAGCCCUCAUGCGUGUUUUGUAAAUAGUAAAGAUGCGUCAAUACAUCGUAGUCCUUUCAGCAAUAUUUUCUUGCAAAUUUAUAGUGAUGGCGAAGUAUGGCAUAAUUACAGAAUCAAAUUAACGGGUCCGUGUUCUAAUGCACUGCGUACAUUUCCCAUAGAUAAGCAGCGUUGUAUGCUCUUCUAUGAAUCUUUUAAUCACAAUUAUAAUCAGGUAGCGAUGGAAUGGACUGAAACCGCUCCUCCAAUUACGAUCUUAAAACAAAACGUGACACUGCCGGACUACGUGCUCGUAGAUUACACGGCAUCCAGCGUUAAACGUCUUUAUCCACCGGGAAUAUGGAAUGAACUAAUUGCUACUUUUACUUUUCAACGUCUGUAUGGCUUUUACAUAUUACAGGUAAGACAUCCAUUCCAGACCAAAUAUUUGAGUAGAGUUUCAUUUUAUGUUGGACGCAACCUCCCUUCGAGAACAAUAGUUGGCGUGAAUUCACUUCUUGCUCUCACAUUUCAGUUUGGUUCUGUAGUGAGUAAUUUGCCUAAAACAAGUGAUGUUAAAGCAAUAGAUGUAUGGAUUCUGAGUUCGAUGGCUUUUAUUUUUGCAUCACUGAUUGAGCUUGCUGCUGUGGGUUAUAUGUCACGCAAUGGAUCAACGUGUAAAUGUUCAAUAUUCUGCCAGAAAUGUCCAAUAUGGACAGCAAAUAAACUGGAUAGAAUAUCUUCAAUCAUCUUUCCGGCUUUUUUUGCUGUAUUCAACAUUUGGUACUGGUUAUUUUUCCUUGGGUAA